AUGUCUUCAAGUUCUGGACCACGAGCUGAAGGCACGGAUGGAUCAGAUUGGAAGCACAGAGAAAAGAGGCGUCUAAUGAAGGAAGCAAAUAAUGUUGCUGUGCAGUAUGUAACGAGUGUCAAGUACAAGAAUGCGAUGAAGCGAACAUUAAUCUACCAUGGAAUGCUUGGAACGUCUAUGUUUGCAACUGCUGUUAUUGCUGGCAUCAACUGUCUCUACAUUUGGCAGGUACUAUGGCUGGCUACAUUUCCUGCAUGCCUCAUUGGAUUCAGAGGUAUCAUGAAGAAUAAGAGUAAAUACCUGAACCUCUACAGGAUUGUGCUGUGCUUGUGCUCUAUACCAGCUUGUAUAUGGGGCUUAUUAGCUACGGCAGGUAUUGUGUCCCACAGAGAGUUUUACCCGCUCGUCAGUCUCCCCAAACCAACCAGAUUCCUCAUGCCAGAUAGUAGCUACGUCUUCUAUUUCUUAGGUGCUACCACAUUGUGCAGCCACUUGUUCAGUUUAGCGGCUAUCAGAAAAUUAAUGUACGCUUGGGAUAUCACAUCUAGAAAAAGCAAAGCUCAGUAAUUUAUAUAAAAUAGUUUGAGAGGUUGAUUAAUUGCAUCAAAAAAUAUGUUCCAAAUAACUUUUUGACAAAUUUGAAAUCAAGUGUGGGGAUUAGGU